GUGUAACACAGAACUGUCAGCUGCAUAGCUAUAGAAACCAUAAGUGACGAAGGACAGAAAUGCGCCGCUGAGGACUGCGCUAGAACUUGACUACGCGCGCCAGCCAUGAGCCAUCACCGGGAUAACCGGAACAACUACAGGCCUGAGCCUGAGCAGGGCUACGGCUAUCCACCGUUACGGGACGACUAUGGUGGCGGUGGAAGGGACCGCAGGGACAGGGAGAGGGACUAUGAACGAGAUCGGGAGCGUGAUCGGGAAAGGGAGCGUGAUCGGGACAGAAGGCGCGACCGCAGCCGCGACCGGCGCCGGUCCCGCAGCCGCUCCGGCUCUCCCCCGGUAAAAAGCGGGCGCCGGCGACCCACCUUCUUUGAUAUCCUUCCUCCGGGCAUGGCGCCCGGCGCUCCCCCGCCUCCCGCGGUGCUGCCGGGAGCACAGCCCAACCUAGCGGCCGCGGCGGCCUUCGCAGCCCCCCCACCCUCCCUGGUUGCCAUGAUGGGGGGUGCGCCAGCAGGGCUGGCUAGCGUGACCAACGCGCCGGGUGGUUUCGGCGCCGCCGCUGCUGCCGGCGCCGGCCCCGCUGUGAGCCAGCAGGCCACCCGGCACGCGCGGCGCAUCUACGUGGGCGGUCUGCCCCCCACCGCCACGGAGACCUCCAUCAGCUCCUUCUUCAGCCACGCGCUGGCGGCCAUCGGGGGAAACACGGCGGGACCAGGCAACGCGGUGGUCAACGUGUACAUCAACCGCGAAAAGAAUUUUGCAUUCGUGGAGCUCCGGACAGUGGAGGAGACCUCCAACGCCAUGGCCCUGGACGGCAUCAUGUUCGAGGGCGUGUCGGUGCGCGUGCGCCGCCCCAACGACUACAACCCCGCCGCCGCCGCCUCGCUGGGCCCCUCCACGCCCAACCCCAACCUCAACCUGGCGGCCAUAGGCCUGUCCAACACCAACACCGGGGGAGGAGGGGGAGGCGGCAAGUCCUCCGCCCAGGACCAGGCUGACCGCAUCUUCGUGGGCGGCCUGCCGUACUACCUGACCGAGGAGCAGUGCCGCGAGCUGCUGGGCUCGUUCGGCGUCAUCAAGAGCUUCGACCUGGUGAAGGACCGCGAGACUGGGAACAGCAAGGGCUACGGUUUCGUGGUGUACCAGGACACCUCCGUCACCGACAUCGCGUGUGCGGGGCUCAACGGGCUGCGCAUGGGGGACCGCACGCUCACCGUGCGCAGAGCCACGGAGGGCGCCACUGGCGGCGGCGCUGCCGCCCCCGCCAUGGGUCCCCCGGGUGCGGGGGGGCUGGCGGGGCUGGGGGUCAGUGUGGGCAUCAACCCGCUGGCGGCUGCGGGGCUGCCGGGGGCGCUGGCAGCAGCCACCCGCAUCGUGGUGCUCACGGACGCGGU